UAAAAAUACCGAACUGCCCAAGCUAGAAACUACAGUCUCUCUCUUGCCUUCUACAUUACAGUCUUCCCUUGAAAUGUACUCUUCCGUUUCUAAACAACAAAUCCACCAGCUCUCGAUCGUUAACAGCCCACCCACAAAAUAUACGCUCUUUUUCCCUUUUUAUUCUUCUUAUACAAAAAGAUCCUUCUUUUCCAUGUUCCAAACCCAAGUGAAGAAAACCAUUUCUUGAACCAAAUUUAUCAAGCCAAAACAAAAACCCGAAAUGGUGGAGACCUUGCCGGUUGGGCGGUUUCAGUUACAACAACAUAGGCUGGAACUUAAGAGAUGGGCUCCGGCAUUCCUUUCUUCACAUAAAACUCUAUUUUCUGUCCUCUGGAUCGCGGCUUUCGCUUCGGUCUUUCUAUGGCAACGGAAUAUUGUUGGGGAUGGGUUCUCGAUAUUCGGCAAAGCUGGACCUGGCCGGCCGAUGCCCAAGACGCGGCCUUUCGCGCUUAAUUUGACUGAUUUUGGUGCGGUCGGGGAUGGGGUCACGGUUAAUACGGCGGCGUUUGAGAGGGCUGUCCUGGCGAUCUCGAAGCUUGGGAAGAGAGGAGGUGCUCAGCUCAACGUGCCGCCUGGGAAGUGGCUUACGGCGCCGUUUAAUCUCACUAGUCAUAUGACUUUGUUUCUAGCUGAGGAUGCGGAGAUUCUUGGAAUCGAGGACGAGAGGCAAUGGCCAUUAAUGCCUCCAUUGCCUUCAUAUGGAUACGGAAGAGAGCAUCAUGGACCUCGGUACGGGAGUUUAAUCCAUGGCCAAAACCUCAAAGAUGUUGUUAUAACUGGGCAUAAUGGUACCAUAAAUGGACAGGGUCAAUCAUGGUGGAAGAAGUAUCGCCAAAAGCUACUCAAUCACACCAGGGGUCCACUUGUGCAGAUAAUGUGGUCAAGUGAUAUUGUGAUCUCUAAUAUAACCUUACGUGAUUCUCCCUUUUGGACUUUUCAUCCAUAUGACUGCAAGAAUGUAACAGUCAGGAAUGUUACCAUCCUGGCUCCCAUUUUUGAAGCCCCAAAUACUGAUGGAAUUGAUCCUGAUUCAUGUGAUGAUGUGGUAAUCGAGGAUUGCUACAUAAGUGUUGGGGAUGAUGCAAUUGCAAUAAAGAGUGGCUGGGAUCAAUACGGCAUAUCUUAUGGACGACCUUCAAGGAACAUUCUUAUCCGAAACCUCAUUGUCCGCUCCAUGGUCAGUGCUGGCGUAUCAAUAGGCAGCGAGAUGUCUGGUGGGGUAUCUAAUGUCACUGUGGAGAACCUCCUUGUCUGGAGUUCUCGGCGUGCAGUUCGAAUCAAGACUGCUGUUGGAAGAGGUGGAUAUGUUAGACAUAUAACAUACCGGAAUCUGACAUUUGAUAAUACCCGAGUUGGAAUUGUUAUUAAGACAGACUACAACGAGCACCCUGAUGAUGAUUUUGACCGAAAGGCUCUGCCAAUACUUGAGGACAUAAGCUUCAUUGGGAUACAUGGUCAAGGAGUUCGUGUUCCUGUUCGUAUACAUGGUAGUGAAGAUAUUCCUGUGAGAAACGUGAUGUUUAGGGAUAUGUCCGUGGGGAUAACAUAUAAGAAGAAGCAUAUAUUCCAGUGUUCCUUUGUUCAAGGCCGCGUAAUAGGGACCAUCUUCCCUGCUCCUUGUGAAAACCUUGAUAGAUACGAUGAAGAGGAAAGACUUGUGAAGCGCUCAGGAUCCCAGAAUGUAACGGAUAUAGAUUAUGACAUAUGACAAGGUGGCAGGUCACAGUCUGCUGGGCCAUUCUCCCUGGGAUCAACGUUGAAAGGCUUAAAAUUGUACGUCUGUAAGAGGUAAUCUUGGAAAAACAAGGUUGGAGCAGUGGGGCUUGUUAUUUCCUUCCAUGUCCUUUUUGGCUCCACUUCUGUAAUGUUUGAUUGACGAAGUUUUGUACAGAAAAUUUAAAGGAGCUUAUACAUUUCAUCAGCCUACUGAGAUUCAAAUUCGUAGCGUGCUUUUAAGUUGUAUCUUACAUUCUCGAUAAAAAGGCAGUCGAAUCGGGAAAUUAAGAGCAAGGUGAAUGAUAAUAUGCUGGACCACUGACUUUAUUGUUAUGUCAGGCCUGUGGUCAAUAGUUUCGAUUGAGCUAUGUUA